GCAAAGACGCCCUCUUGAGAGCAAAAGGCCAAAGGCGAUAUGACGACGCCCAAGUCCAAUAGCAGACGACUCGACAAGGACGAGAAGAAUGUCCUGCUCCACCUUCUCCAGGCUCCCAAGCUGACCAACUGCGACAUUGCCCGGAUAUUGAAGGUCGACGAGCGCACAAUCAGCCGGAGGAGGAAGCAACUCAGGACCCUCGGCCACCUGAGCCCCGAGAGGAACGUCAAGAACGCAGAGAAGCUCCAUGAGUGGCAGCUCGAGAGAGUCAUUGCCCUGCUCGACCAGAACCCGGACCUGCAGCUCAAGGACGUCAGGGACUUUUUGCAGACAGAGUACGAUCUCACCGUUACCGUGUCCACCAUCAGCCGCCAGCUCUCUAGGGCAAAUCACGCCCGGGCGAGGAGACCAGGCUACAAGGGCAAACGGCCAGACCUGCAGCCCCCAGAACCACCCUUGCCCGCCCAGGGCCAGCCUGAAUAUGGCUUGUCUGAUCCAGCAGUUCUCGAGCAGCCACGCCAGAAUCAGCCUCCAGCAACAAGCAAGCUGCCACCCACGCUUACCGCGCAGCAGGAACGCCCUGCCAUAUUGAAGUGUCCCUACUUUGCAGCUUUUCCCCAGGAAUAUUCGAGCCACCCCUUCUGCCAGAAUGCCUGGCCUACCGCGCGUGAUGCAAAGGAUCACAUAAUAAAACAGCAUUCCGCACCCAGAUUCAGGUGCAACCGCUGCAUGGGUCACUUUGAUGACAACACCGCCCUGGUCUUGCACCACCGAGCCCCACAGCCUUGCCCGCUGCGCGAAUGGGUCGUGCCCGAGGGUGUCGAUGAAGAUCAAAAGGACAAGCUACGGAGGGUAGGCCAGGGCGACGAGAUUGAGAGGUGGAAGAAGAUGUUCCGCAUAAUCUUUCCAGGUCUCCAAGAGAUGCCCGAUCACAUGUUUUAUGAUCCUGCAUAUUUCCCAGCUAUUGACCCUGCCUUGGGGGCUCUUCCACAGGCAAGCCAGGUGGAAGGUGCGGCGGCAGUAGCAGCCGCUGAAUAAUGUCGAGCCCGCCAACAGCCCGCUGCCGGGCUGAUAUACCCAAGCCCGCCCCGUCGCCUGCCUGCGAUCUAACAAUAUGCAACUCUAUAAACGCCUACACUUAUGCAAAUCCAACCGUGUCCUGAUGACAGUACGCCAAGGUGUGCCCCAUGCGCCACUGCCGUCUGUAAACAAUCAAGCCCAAACAGGAGAACAGGAAACAGGGGAAUAGGGAACAGGGGAACAGGCUCCGGAGGGCUGCUGACACGCUCCGCCCGACCUUUUACCAGUACGGUCCAUCGCUGCCAGAGCCCUCCGACGCGGGGUCCCAGUCCCGCUCUAUGCGCCACGCGUCCUCGGCCCUGAUGCCCAUGAAGGCAAUGUCGCAUCCGCGGUGGCCGUACUUCUCCGAGAAGACGCGCCUGCCCGUCUCGAUCAUCAUGUCCAGGCCUACCUGGAAGCCCUCGGGGUCCCUGUAGAAGGGCUCGCCCUCACCCCCACCCUGCCGGAGCUGCCACAUGUUCCGCCACCAGCCGCCGUCUAUGUACUUGACGGCCUGCAUCCGGUAGGCUAUGUCAACCAGCUGCUCGAUGGUCUCUCCCUGCUCGUCCACCAGCCUCUUGCGCUCAAUCUCCUUGGCGUCCGACUCGGACCUGUUCGACUCGUCGGGUCUCGGCGGAUCCUUGGCUGUCUUGUCCUCGUCCUGUUGUGCUUCGGCAGGGCCCGGGUCACCGGCAAACGUUGCAUGGAUGCCGGGUAUCCGGAAGAAGGCGGCUAUAUUGUCGAGCGUCGUCGAGGUGUCGAUAAUGAUGCCGAUCUGGGUCGAGCCUUGGAAGUAGCCUGCCCACUGGAGGCGGUCGUACCUAGGAGCAGCCCGGUCAGCCAGGCAUCCCCACGACGUUGUACUGUGGCAAGGCAGAGGGUGGGGGGGCGGGGAAUGCGGCCGGGAAAAUGCCAGCUUACAUGUCACAGUCGGUGGCGUAGAAGGGGAUGUGUGUAUCCCAACCGCCGACGUCCAAGAUGGCAUCCCGGUGGACCAGGGUCAGGUGGUCGUAGGCGAAGAAGUGGUGGGCCCACUUUGGGAUGCCGGGCUGGUGAAGAUAGCGCAUGAUGGCAACGGCCCUCGCGUAGAGCGAGUAGUUGGCGACGUGUUUGGAGCCGUCAGCGUGGGGGCGGAACUCCUUCUCGAAUGAAAAGGCCACGACGUCCUGGUGGGACCAGAAGAAGUCUGACCAGUUGCGCUGGAGGGCGGUCCAGGCGUAGAAGUUCUGGAGCUGGGCAAAGGUGAAGAGGGUCGGGGUGACGAUGACGUUGACGCCCAGCAUGGCAAGCUGCGAGUGGUUCAGGUAGAAGGGGUUCUGGAGGGUGAGGAGGUUGUCGCGGUUGGAGUACAUGACGCCGGUGUUCUCGACGACGUAGAUGUCCUCGGGGGGCCAUCCGGCGGUGAUGUAGCUGGACACGCACUGGAGCAGCUGGGGCCAGUUGCGGGUGAAGCCGAUGAGGAGGGGCGUGUCCUCGGGGACGUGGGGGUGAGGAGGGCGGUUGAUGUCGGGCACGCUGGCGCGCAGCUGGCGGGCGACGUCGGCGGGGUUGUCCCGGGACAGCAAGGGGAAGGGGUCGGGGAUGGGCUUGGCGGGCUGGCGCGGGGGCUUGGGCGGGGGCUUCUUCUUCAUCUCGUAGUCAUCGUUCCUCCAGGAGAAGAACUCGCGCUCGAGGGGGUCCAUGGGCUUCUGGUGGGGGCCGGGCUCGUCCAGGAGGAAGGCGGCAUCAGAGUCAUGAUGGGCGGCGGGGGGCCCGGUGGCACGAGGCUUGACGUCCUGCUUGGUGGGCAGCAGGAUCUCGUAGCCGCCGUCGCUGAUCCAGGUGAUGAUGGAGGGGAAGUCUGCGUGGGGGGCAGGGCGGUGGUGGUGGUGGGAGGUCAGGUAGAAGAUGCUGAGCAGGAAGACGAGCAGCACGAUGACGCCACGCAAACGGUAGAGGGCUGAGCGGCGGUAAGACAUGGCACUCGGAGGCUGGAGAACAGCAGCACAAAUGUUCCCAUCACGCUCGCCGCGGGAGCUUGCGGGUGCACGGGUAUAAAAAUGAACAAGCAACCCGGGCCAGGGGCGCCUCAGCCUCAGGGAAAAGGUGGGCGGAUGGAUGAUGACGAUGUUCAGGAGCGCGGGGCGUGGGCACGGGCGGGUCAGGCGCUCGGGUGCGGGUAUGCAGACAGGGCCCUGACAAGGGCUCGGGGCCGGCGAGGCAAGGGGGAAAUGAUGCUAAUGAAACAUGCAAAAGAGAGAGUCGCCGAUGGCGGGGGUUGCUGAGAAAGGUGAAGAGGUGAAGAGGUGGGCGGUAGAAGACAGGAAAAGAAGACAGAGAAGACAGAGGCAGACAGAGCAGACAGACAGGAAGAGGGAGGGAGGGAGAGAGAGAGAAGAGAGCUGAGGUGGCAGGAUGCUUCUCCGUAAAGUCGAAACAAAUCGUGUCGUCUCGGGGCCAUCGAUUCAUUCAUUCGUUUGUUCGUUGUUCGUUUAUUCAUUUAUUCGCCCACUACUGCCUCACCCACCACCACCACCCAUCCCACCCGUCGGGAUGCAUGGCCCGACCAAGACCAGUGGCCAGGUCGAUUGUCUGGU